AUUACUUUUUUGGUGAUUGUGGACCAGCACUGUCAAAAUUCAAACAAACAAACAACAAAACGCAGCACAUGGCUAUUUUUCCAAGAAAUCCCAACAAAGCAGAUGGACAACUCAAUACAACACAAACAUAUAUACUUGCAUGCUAUUAAACAAAUAUUAUAUUUGACAAACAUUAUUUCCAUUUUCUACUUGAGUUUCUUGACCCUUUAGAAGAGAUUGCAGAACUGUAGUUGAAAAGACAGUAGCUCAUCCUGCUCUGUGGUAUUUGAGUUUGCAGACUGAUUAAACUGGGAAAGAAUUCCUUCUCUCAUACUGGUAUGCAUGGAAGAAAUCUCAGCUCAUAUCCACAGUGCGUCACUCUGGAAUCUUCUUUGUUGUGUCUUCAUUUCAGAAUGUUAAAUCAGAUAAAAUGUCCAAUCAACAAACUUAAAUUCAGCCUUAAAACAGCCAGCUGGUCUGUUUUCUCCUCUCAGUGACCUGGUAAUAAACUAAUGGCUCAUUCACUCACGCAUUUGUUCUUAGUUAAUAGUUAGCCACUUAUUAGUCAUUAUGGAAAGUUUUCAGGACAGUGAAAUGGAUGAUGGCCAGUGUGGCUGAUGCCUCACAGACUGCUUUGAUUACUUCUGGGUAGAUGCAUGACGAUAUCAGAAAUUUGAUCCCAGUACUUCCUAAAUUUGAAUACCAAAUUUAAUCAAAGAAAGACUCAAAGUAGACACUACUUAAGAGUGUGCAAGUGAAUACAUAGUAUUACAACAUUCAGCCCAAGUAACCUCUUGUGUUAUUUUCAAGAAAAAGACUGAAGGAGUAAAAAUGGCGCUGUGACAGUAUAAUGUGAAGCUGGAGCUGGUUGACACAUAAAUGGUGAAUGAUUCAUUUUAGGAUUGUUUAAAAACAACAAAAACAACCUUUAAUAGAUCAGCAACACGGUGCACAUCUGAGCAUCCUGUUUCGUGACCAGAUGACCCCCAUAGAUACAUGGAUGUAAAGGGGGGACAAAGGUUUACUAAGAUUUAUUUCAAAGAUUUAGUGACAUAAUUAUUUUGCAGAUUUAGAUUUUUAACAUAGUGGCAUUAGUAUAGUGGCUCUAUGGUGUAGUGUUUAACACAUUUGCCUUGUACACAAAAGGUUCCUGGUUUGAGAACAAGACACAAACAACUGAGAGUGUUAUCUUCUGAGGGCCAAAGAGUGUAAAAAAUCAGUCUACGCAAGUGCAGAUCGAAGUGCAACCCCUUGUGAAUAAAGGAGGAGCCAAAAGCAGUUCUACGUUCCUCACUUUACCCGCCACUUCCCACACGUGGGAUUGUGGCAUUUUAUAUUGAUAUAAAACUUUUUUUGGCAUAUUUUUUUUCUUGAUGAAACUCUUGCUGCGAUUUUCUUUUUCUCCCUGCUGUGCUGUUGUCUCUGUGUAUAUGACUUUGGCACCGUUUUACUCGCCAUGUCUGCUGCUUCUGUGCUCUGCUUUAUUGUUACUUCCUGGUUGUGUGACAUGUCGUAAUAUAUGUUGUGAAACAAGUCCACGUCUCAGGUGCUCUAUGAGAAAUCAGGCGUCACAGUCAGCAGACUGAACUCGCUGUCUGCAGCUCACAGGUGGAUGAUGUCAUGGUUUCUCUGUGUAUGUGCGUGAGAAUGUAAGUCUGCGAGAGCCAUAUGUGACGCAUAGUGUGUGUGUGUGUGUGCGGUGUUGCUGGGUGAAAAGCUCUAUAGUUAGGUCCCUCCCUCCCCAUCUCCAGGUUACCAUGGGGACAGAAGGUAACUGUGUGUGUGUGUGUGUGUGUGUGUGUGUGUGUGUGUUAGUGUAUAGCUAUCAUGAGCUGUGAAUUGCUAGCUUUUCGUUGCACACUGCAGUGGGAUAAACAGCGAAGUGAGCCAGUCAGCCUCAGCCUCUCUCUCUCUCCGUGGCUUGUUUUUUGCUGUUUCCUCCUUCAGUCCCUCCUUCCUCUCUCUCUGGUAGGACAGAGCGUUUCAAGUCAUGACGGAGAGCUGAAAGCUGAUGAAUGAAACUCCUGGAACAACAGGCAAAAAGGCCCCGGGCAUCCAGAUCAGAUCGUUAUCUUUCUACCUGCAAGACACUAAAAGCAGCAAUGGGACAUUCAUCAACAGCCAGAGGUUGAGUCGUGGCUCGGAGGAGAGUCCGCCCUGUGAGGUCCUCUCCGGCGACAUCAUCCAGUUUGGCGUCGACGUCACUGAGAACACACGCAAAGUCACCCAUGGCUGCAUCGUGUCAACAAUCAAACUCUUCCUACCUGAUGGGAUGGAGGCACGCCGACGAAGCGAUGUCAUCCAGCCUCCAUUACCACUACCUAUAGACAAGGUUGCAGCCAACACUCCCAGUAUGUAUUCUCAGGAACUGUUCCAGCUCUCCCAGUAUCUACAGGAGGCCUUACACAGAGAGCAGAUGUUGGAGCAGAAGUUAGCCACUCUUCAGCGUCUGUUAGCCACCACUCAGGAGGCCUCAGAGAGCAGCUGGCAGGCUUUGAUUGAUGAGGACCGUCUUCUCUCCAGGCUGGAGGUGAUGGGCAGUCAGUUACAAGCUUACUCUAAGUCCCAGACAGAGGAAGGGAUCCGUAAGGAACUCUUGGCUCUUCAGGAGGACAAACACAACUACGAGACAACGGCAAAGGAGUCUCUGAGGAGAGUUCUGCAGGAGAAGAUCGAGGUGGUCAGGAAGCUGUCAGAGGUGGAGCGCACGCUCAGUAACACCGAGGACGAGUGCACCCACCUGAAGGAGAUGUCUGAAAGGAGUCAGGAGGAGCUGAGGGAGCUCGCCAACAAGUACAACGCGGCCGUUAAUGAGAUCAAAGAGCUCACUGACAAAAUUAAGGCUGCAGAGGGAAGACAGGAGGAGCUCACUCAGCGGGGCGCGACAGAGAAGAGGGAGUUGGAACUACGGAUUGAGGAAAUGGAGGAGAAGGAGCAGGUUCUCCAGGCUCGCAUCGAGGCUCUGCAGGCAGACAAUGACUUCACCAAUGAGAGGCUCGCUGCCCUGCAGGUGCGGUUAGAACAGCUACAAGAGAAAAGCAUUAAAGAGAACAACAGUCUGGAUGUCGUCACUGUCCCCCACGGACCAGUAGAGGAGCUUGUCGAGGACAGAGAUUCCACACAGCAGAUACGCGAGAGCCAGGAGGAAGACGAUGAUGAGGAUACAGACACCGAUGAUGGUGCAGUUGGGGAAGAUGAAGAUGCUGAUGACAACUGUCAUGUUAACAACAGCGGAGGAGACUCGACUAGAAACCAACAAUUAAUUGACUGUCUGCCCGUCAUAGACCUAAAGAAGACCGUCAGUGAUUCACUCCACAAACUGGCCAACUUUGAUGAAGUGAUGGACGCCCACUUACAGAACAACCAGACGGCGGGAGAUGACAUCCUGACCAGCCCUGAUCGACUCAAAGGGAAUCAGAUGGAUGCCAAAGAGUCAGACAUGUCCGACACUCUGAGUCCCAGCAAAGACCGCAGCAGUGACGACACGUCAGAUGGAAACAUGAACGACCAAGAGCUGAAUGAACCUCAGAACAGAGUAGCUCUGCUCAAAGAUGAGCUACAUCGGGCCGGUCUAGAGCCUGGAGACACGGAGCAGGUCAUCCACCAUCUCCACAGAGAGCUUCUGGAGGCCCAAGAAUUAGCCAACACCGGCAAGCAGAAAUGUCUAGAGCUACAAGCUCUGUUGGAGGAGGAGAGGAGGAGUAACUCUCAGCUGACUGAGGAGUCGACCAAACAGAUCCAGUUCUUGCAGACUCAGCUUGGGAAGCUUCAGGCUGACAUGGAGGCACUGAGGGAGCAGAGGGAGAGCACAAUCUGUAGCACCAGAGAGGAGCUUUACUCUGCCCAGGAGGAGAUUCUUGUCCUGCGACACGCUAUGGAGGCGGCCACGGCGGAGCGGGAGCGUGAGAUCACUGUCCUGCAGGCAGACCUGGUCAGUGUGCGCUCCGAGCUAGAGCACUGGAGGAACACAGCCGCCAAAUACGAGGAGGAGAUCGCCCGGCUGCAGGAGGCCUUCACGCAGCAGGCACAGCAGCAGACUGCUGCCAGCGAGCUGCAGGUGGAGUGCACUGCAUUGCACCAGCGGUGUACGUGUUUGCAGCAGGACUGUGAUGGCCUGAGAGCUGAGAGGAAAACACUCACAGAAAAACUGCACCGCCUGGAGGCUGAGCUGAGCAGCACCAGGGAGAAGAGUCUGGUCCUCAGCAGCAGUCUGGAGUCUCUGGAGAAGAGGGAGGAGGUUUUGCAGGACAAACUGGGUUCUCUGGAGAAUCAGCACCUGCAGGACGCGAGCAGGCUAAAGAGCCAGCUGGACCAGGCCCAGGCCCACACACACACACUGCAGAAAGAGUAUGAAGACACACAGUCCCAGCUAUCUGAUCUCCGUCAGCGUUAUGAGAGAACAGAGCAGGAGAAGCUGAACAUCCACCAGGAGCUGGAGCAGUGCAGGAGCAGCCUCAAGCUGCUGCAGGACAAGUCCAGCUCUAGCGGCUGGAGCCCCUGGAUGCCGGUCGUCGCAGUGAUGGUCGCCGUGACGGCCGCCGUCCUCUACCCCAACCUCUCCAAGAGCAGCUCCACCUAGGACACAAAACACAAGCGAACACACACACGGAGCGCCGUGAGGAGAGCGUCACUGCUUUACUUGUAUAAAGUCUAAUUGUACAUAAUUGUAGAGGGAUAUAAAGGUUGUGGUUUCUACAGAGGACUCAGAAGCUUCUUGGAUUAUUUUGUUUUGGGUUUUUGUUGUUGUUGUUUUUCCUGCGGCGGGGAGUUUUGUUGUCUUUAUUCUCCGCUCUCUCAGCUAUGGUGGGGGGCUCCUUUUUUUUUUUUUUUCUUCCCCCCCCCUUUCCCCAUUUUUUUUUUUCGUCUCUCUGCUGAUUUCCAGGUAACAAAACGUUCUCCAGCAGGUGGAGCUUCCACAUACACACAAAAACCUGCUUAAUGCUAACCCAGCGCUUUCCAGCAGCUUCGAGCGUCACUGACAGGUAAAUCUGUCUGUUUCACCUUUACCUCUGAGGACAGAGUUUCUGAAGAAGAGAUGGCUUUUCUUUUACACAGCUCCACAUUCAGCUUAAAUUUACUUGCUAAAUUCUUCAAACCAGCUCGUUGUGUUAGAGCAGAUCUAGAGGAGGAGCCACUUUUUCUUCAUCCCAGUUUACAGACGCCAGCUGUAAUUCACCCAGGGGAUGUACCCAUCUUCGAUUUAUACUAAUAAAUACUUUUUGAAUCUCCUUCAGGACACAAAAUAACCACACUUUUCAUUUUAGUUUUCUCUGAUAAAAUGUCCAAAACAGAUGAAACAACAAUUUAAGGCACUUCCUUGAUAGCAGCUGUUUCCAAACAGUAACUAAAGAUUAGAAGUGUAGUUAAACCACAGCGGAGGUUUAUUUUAGGGCAAGGUUGUAGUACUUGAAUGGGCGCGCCAGUAAAGUGGCCCACGGUGCUGCGACAUCCCUCAGCUCCACCGAUUGCUCCAGUUACUACAAUUAAAAUGAUAAAAACAGAAAGUUAUUUAUUUAGCUGUUUCCAGCUUUUCUAUCAAGGAUAUGUUGACAAUUUGUCCAGAAGAAACAUGUUUACACCACUAAAAUGAACUGUGUUGUACUCCGUUGGGACCCAUUCAGUCUGUCCUAAGAGCGCCCCCUGUGAAACAGAUCAGGAGAGUUUGGUGCGUUCUCUGGUUUCCUGCUAACAUCUCAGUUUCACUAGAGUUAGAGUAAUUCGAAUACUUUGGGCUUUAAGAUCUGUUUUUGGUCAGAUAGACGUUCGUUCAGUGACUUCAGGUGUUCUGCCUUAAAUGUGAGUUCAGGUGACUGUGCAUCACAUCGGGCUUGAGCAGGUCUGAGUUUAUAGACUCGGGGGGAUCCUGGCUCUAAGAGCACAAACGAAGCACAAAUGAUGACGAAGUGCACCAUGUCAUCGUGAUUAACCCGAGGCUGCUGGGAAGCUCUCGCGCUGAAGCAAUUUCAGGAAGCUCUGCCCUGUUCUGCUUUCAGUCGGCCAUGUUGGAUGUCUAACUUGGCGUUUUCUCUGGGGUUAUUUUCAUUUGUUUCUUUGUUUCUGUUUGGGGAAAUUCUGGGGUCUGAGUUGAAACUUGAAGCCAAAUUAUUGAAAUAAAAUCUGAUUUAUUUUGUGUUGGGUUUACUUUUUUCUUUCUCCAUGUUGGGGGCACAGAGAAAAGGGGUCAAAGUGCCUCUGAUGUAACUAACACCACACUUUGUGUAUGUGUGCAGACACACACACACACACACACACACCUCCCCUGAUAUAUAUACACACACACACACUUGGUUUGACAGUCAGAGGUUGCUUUUUCCAGGGCUUUCAGCUUAAUCACGGCUCUUUAAAUGUAUGAGAAUUUCCCAGAAUUCAGAUUAACCGACUAUACAACACCCGAAGAGCAAAGUUUAAAAGGAGGAACAAGAAAAUUUGUAAAAAAUGUUUAACGGGCCAAAUAUCAAAAUCUAUUCAUUUUUUUAAUGACACACAAGACGUCAGACCUCUGAUGAAAUAUUUUGAGAGACAUUGAAUCAUUUCAAAGUGUGUGUGUUGGUAGACAGGGAUGUGUGUGUGUGGGUUCACAGUCUGGACUCUUGAGCAGCGUUCGUCAUCGUUCGUGUACUCCGUUUUGUCUCCGUGUUUAAAAAGAACUAAAAUAAGACAAUGAACAAAUACUCCUGAUGUGUAAAGAGAAAAAACACUACAGAACAGAGAGAGAAUUGUAAGAUAAAAUGUUAUCGACUGAUGUGCUACUAGACUUAUUUUGUUAAAACUGUUUAGAGAUAUGAGAGGGAGCUAUGUAGAGGAUAUGAUGAGGAUGUAUUGAAUAUGCAGAGCGAUGUUUGGAUUAAAGUUGUAGCAAGCUGACCCACCAAA